AUGGCAGCUUCCCUACGAGACGAUGAGCUGCGGAGGGAACUUAAGGCUUUGGGCUUUGAUCCAGGUCCAAUAACAGCAACUACGAGAUCUGUUUAUGUAAAAAAACUUGAAAAGCUCCAAAAGGAGAAAAAGUCAUUCAAUGUGGGCAUUUCAACAAAAGAGGCGUCAGAAACACCUAAACAAAUAUCUUCAAAGUCACGCAAAUCAACUGGAGCAAUAAAUUCAAGCUCUUCAGGAACGGAGGGCUCCAGUGUAAUCAGUCGUAAGCAUACAAGUAUCGAAUCAAGUCACGAAACAGGAAUAGAGAAUAAACACUUUUCCAGUAAACAAUAUUUAAAAUCCAAACCACCUCUUACCGGACAUAAUGUGGAUUUAUCUGAACCCUACACUGACAUACUUCCGAGCUUAAUCCCAAUUGGAACAUCUCAAGCUGAACCUGUGAAUAAGUUUCGUAAUGAUUCCGAUAUGAUCACUUCAGUUUCUUCACAUACGCAGUAUCCUGCACAAAGAUCUUCACGUGGCCUAAACCAGAGCUCGGUUGAUUAUACACCCACCAGGAAAACGUAUAUUUAUAUUAAGGAUGAUUCUGUAGACGAUGAUACAGAUGAGGAAUUAUCAAAACCAAUUUCGAUGUCAUCCACCUUGUCCAGAGUUACUGGUUGGCUCAAUCGGAGUGCCCAUGAAUUUACGAAACCCAGGUCUCCAAGGGAUGAAUCUGUUUAUGAAAAAUCCAAAUUUCGUGUUCGUCAUUCCUCACACAGCAAUGAUCGUUUGCAAAUAUCAGAUACAGAUAGUUCUGAUAUAGAAAAUUCCACUCGAAGCCCUUUUUUCAAGAGACUAUAUUCUUCUCCAUUCAGGAACAUGAAGUCGCGAGAUACUGGAAUCACAACGUCUCCUGGUCUCCUCUUCACUCCACCACCUAGGAAUCUUGAUAAACCGACAUGUCACGGUGUUUCUAUUUUAUCUGAAGAUACUGAUUUCAAUGAUCUUGUUCGUAACCGAAAGCAGCGUGAUCAAAAGAAAAGCUUUUCGAAUUAUUUCUUAUUUGUGAAGCAUUUUCCUUUCAGUGUCUCAAAUAUCCCUAAUUUGAUUCUUAUUUCAAGCAUAAUCGUGUGUUUUAUGUUAGUUGCUAGUUAUUUAUUCUUGAAGGAUCACCAUGGGGAAGUUGGUAAAAUGGCAGAUGUACAGAAAUUACUUUGUCGAUCUUCAGGCGACUACAAUAAUAGUCUUACAAAAGGCUUACAUCGCUGCCUACAUGAAGAUGAUCUAACUGCUUCCCUAUGGGUUCUUGGGAUUUUAUAUGAUAUUCUCAGUCGUUACGCUGGAGAGUUUUACUGUAAAGUUGGAGUUUUAACUAGUCCUCGUCUAGAUGUAUCUUCUGCUGAACGUUUAGUUGAGCACAGUUUACAAAUGAAAGGCUGGCCAACAUUUUCGAAAACUGAUUUUCGUCGGGUGUGGGAUAAUACACUUUAUGUGCUACUUCAUGUUGGGAAGACACAUUUUAGUCUUGUUGCUGUUGAUGCUAGCAAAUCUGAACUAGGACCACUCAAUCGAGUAAUCCAAAUCGCUGAACUUGAAAGUCUUAAACCAUAUUUCCCUGGUGUUUGUCGACUCCAACGAUGUUUUCAAUGGUUUGCUGGUGUAUGCGUAACUUUUUUCUGGGUCGUAUUAAUUUGUUUGGUUAUUUCGGGGGUUUGUUAUGGAGUUUAUCUACUUCGCUCCAAAAAAUUACGUGCAUUAGAACGUCAAAACUGUCGAGUGAGAGAACUGGUGGCAGAAGUUGUAUACUUGCUACAAGACCAGUUACGAGAAAAUGAAGCCAGUGCUAAUCAGCCUCCUUAUGUUCCUGUCUAUAUGAUACGUGAACGCUUGCGUCAAAAACAUCACGACUUAGAUCGGUUGUGGCCUGAAGUUACGCGUUAUGUUUAUGAAGUAGAAACUUGUAUCGGUGUACAAGAAUGGAGAGGUGUAGGUGAAACAUGGCAAUGGCAAAGCGGCACAGGUUGGCAAGGUUCUGCACUUAUAGACACGUCACAGAGGCCAAGUUUUAUUGUUCCCCCGACGGAGUGUUUGAAAAUAAGGAAUAUGUUUUCUACUGAAAGUAUCGAUGAACGUGGACGUAAAAGAAUCAAACGCGAACUCUUAAAAAAAUUAAUGCCUUGUGGGUCCAUUUUACACAUAGGCUUAGAUAGUGUUGGAACAAAUGGAUUGGUGUAUAUAAAGUGUGGAGAUCCCGAAACUGCAGGUCGCGUUUUCCAUUCGAUACAUGCUAAUUAUUUUGAUGGUCGGUUGUUGACUGUAAAGUUCUUACGCGAUAAUAAAUAUUGUUUACGCUUCCCUGAGGCUCACAGUAUAAAACAGCCACUUCAGAUAGAAGAUUUCGAAUAA